GUUUUGUCUACAGGAAAAAGUGCUAGCUAGAACAAACAGAUAACUUGCCAUAAUUAUAAUAUUAGUGCACUUUAUUAAUCGUUAAUGGAAUGUUUGUAACAAAAAUAUAGAACGUACCCAAGUUGACGCAAGCGCCGCCUUCUUCCGCGCUCAUUAAAAGUGUUUACAAACUUUCGUUCUGCCAGAAGUUGUUUUUCAAGCACAGAAGUCAAGAGAGUCACGCAUCCUUCAAAAUGAGAGCCCUAAUGUUCCUCGUAGUGCUGGCGCUCACCUAUCUACAAAGCUCCACUGCUUCUUUGGUCAUAAAAGGUCCAUCCCAGCAGAUUUUGGAAGGACAGGAUGUGACGCUGGAGUGUGUGGACACAUACUCUGAGUUGAAUAUGAGCUCAGUGCACUUUGAGAGGUUCUCUAAGUACAUGAACAGGUGGUACCGACUCGAGUCAGAUCAGGUGUAUUUCUACCGCCGCUGUUUCCUGUAUGAUGUGGAUGUGAGAAGAGAGGAGGGCAGAUUGCUCCUCCUCAUCUCCAGCAUCCAGUCGUGGUCUGAGGGUCCAUACCGCUGUAUCUCCGAGAAUGCUUCUGCACCAUACAACACCUCCCAGCCCCUCACCAUCCCCAUUCACUAUAUGCGAGAGCUGUCGGUGCACAGGGCUGGUUUAGGCUACUUGACUCGUUAUUUCAACUCCGUGCAGGACCUAAAAGUAAGAUCAGGGGAUGAUGUGGAGCUGGAAUGUUCCACCUCUGCUUCUGAGACACCUGAGUACUUCUGGGCCAAAGAGGGAGAAGACUGGAUUUUGCCCUCCAAUAAGUUGAAGUUGGAACAGGUGAGGGCCAUGGAUGGAGGGAGAUACACCUGUACGGCUCAGUCCCCCACUGUGCAAUCCCUCAUGAAGAAACAAACAAUCAGUGUCACUGUUUUGCCAGAGGAUGCAGCAUGGUAUGAGUCAACCACUGGUCAUGUUGCUCUCAUGGCAUCUGCUGCAGGAUUAGUCCUUCUGGUGAUUAUACUAUCCAUGACUGCCUACCUCUGCCGCCGAGCCAAACAGAGGAAGAGCAAGGGACCCAUUGAUGACUGCUCCCAGAAGAAACCCAUCUACAGGUCCAGUGUGGAGUCCCUGCCCUCCACCAUGUCUGACAAGCAGCCACUGGUGUAGAGUGAGAUUGAUGGAGGACCAGAGUGAGGAGAGAAUAGAAGACAAGAGAAAAACUAUAAGGGAAUAUUGCGUGAAAGCGACUAGACAACUUUUGUUCACAGAUUUUAUUAUGCCAUUUGGUCUUUACUCAUAUAUAUUAUUAGAAGACUGUCUAUGUAGUGAAAUGAAAAAAAUACAAAGAUGGCACAGAUUACUGUUUUUCCACAGCGGGUCCUUUCUAGAGUGUUUACCAGUGCUCGUCAACAAAAGGUGUGCAAUUUUCUCUGAAUUGAUUCAACAGCCCAGCAAAAUUGAGAAAUGCUUAAAAAUAUGCUUUUGUGGGAUGACCUUUUCUUUUAUUUUUUUUUGUAAUUUUUUUUACCAUUCUUGGGUUGAAAACAGGCAUUUUUCUUUCUUUGCAAACCAAUCAUUUUCUCUUUUUAGGGAAAUCACUGUCUGCAGGGGAUCAGAUCAUUUAUUCAGAUGGAAAAUUGGGUUGCGUUAAAUAAAUGUAUAAUGUUCUGUUUUGCUUUAAAGGAGCAUAGAUAAGAUCCAGUCUAUCACUGAACCAAUUACUCUUGAGCUCUUUGAAACUCUUGCACUUUUUGCACAAGUUUGAUUUUCCCUGUAUAUCUUUGAAUUUAAAGCUUUUAAACUGUUUUUACAACAUAA